GGCGGGAAAGGCUUUACGGCAUUAUAACCAUAAUGCUGCUCACGCAGAGGAGGGAGGGUCAGCUCCAAUCAGAGACAUUUAUAACCACACCCACGGUAAUAAAGCUGGGUGUGGCGGAUUAUGCAAUGUUUCCACAGAAGCGAACAAAAACAAGAAAUGACUGAUAAAUAAUGAGGUUAUUAAGCACGCAUGUACUGUAUUACUAGUUAUUCUAGUAAUAGAAAAAUGAUAAUGAAAACAUGUUGUUAUAUUUAUUUCAUAUAAUAGUAAUAAUAUUAAUAAUCAUAAUAAUAAUCAUAAUAAUACAAUUUUCUAACAUUUAACACCGUUUUAGCUCAUUUCUUAUACCCUCACUACAAUUCCCAUAAUUCCCCCCACCGGAACCGGAAGUUAAUACGGGAAGCAUGAAAAGGUCAUUUGUCUCUGUUCGAUCCGUCAGAGUGAGCCGGAGAGCCUGCGAGGAAGGUCCGCUGCUGGAGGAGCAGGAGACGGAGGGCGAGCGGCGGCUGCACGGCCUCCUGCUGCAGCAGCUCCACACGGACGUGGACAUUGAUCGAUGUGUGGCCAAGAAGCAGUGCUUCGCCCCGGCGGCGCUCUACCGGCCGUUCGGAGAGCAGGCGGCGGGCGUGAGGAGCCUCUCCCAGUUCCAGGUCCUGCAGGAGGAGGAGCAGGAGCUGGCCAGCCUGCGGGAGCUGGGCCUCAGCGAUGCCGAGAUCCGGCUGUGGCAGAGCAGAGAUGCUGCAGAGAAGUCCCACGGCGUGGGGGCGGCCCCGGACGCAAAGCAGCAGCGACUGCAGACGAUCAGGGAGAAGAUUGAAGCCAGGGCGGAGCUGCUGUCCCGCCCGCAGAGAUUCGCCACCAGCCGCCCGCUGUCACGCCGGGAAAUGGAGAUCGAACAGGCGCUGUUUCAGGGAAACGAGCGUCCAGGUUUCCUGACCGCGCUCUACCACAGAGAUGAAAGUUCCCUGAAAGGCCAGCAGGGGGCGUCGUCCUCUGACCCGAUGGACUCUCUGUACAAGGACGUUCUCUGCAGCUCUGAAGCAAAUCCGCCUCCGGACCGAUACCUGUCCCCACACAGAACUGAACCCCAGCAGCCAAACUCCACAGACCCGCCAGAACAACUUGGUUCUGAGCAGCAGCAGGAGGAGAACGUCGGUCCAUCAGUCCAAUCCGAGCCCACAUCCGAGGACCGACCGGAUCCUGCUGCUCCGGUCCAGAUAGAGAUCAACCAGCGGAUCGGUAGUCUACGUGGAUCCGCGGACACGGCGGCUUCAGGAGGACCGCUGACCGUCCGCGGGCAGCUGGAGAUCAUCACGGACGAAGAAAUCCUGGAGAACCGCGAGUGUGAGGAGAUGAUCCGGAGCAUCCCAAGGUUCCGAAACUAUCAACCGGGAAAACCCUCAAAGGUUCUGUGCGUGAAAAACGUCAGCACACAAGCCUCCGUGGCCCAGCUGGUGGCGCUGUUCUCCAGGUUCGAGAAGAAAGACGCAGCGCCGAUCCUUUACCGCCUGCUGACGGGACGACUGAAAGGUCAAGCUUUCGUCACUCUGGCAGAUCUUGAUGUCUUUCAAGAAAAAAACACAAACUUAGAGAAAUUACGACUGCAGAGCAGCUUCCUGCACUCAGACAAAGACACUGAGACGGCCCAGCAUGCAUUGCACUUGGUCCAUGGAUACCGGUUGCUAGGGAAACCUUUGGUGCUGGAGUUCGGCCACGAACGACAGGAAGAGAAGAAACAGGAAGAAGAGAAUCGAUAAAAACAAAAACGCUGCAGAAAUGUUGUAAAUAUUUAAACAUUUCUACUGUUUUUUUUUCUGCCGCAUCCAUGAUCCCAUCAUGACUGAAAUAAACG